UGCCGCUGUGGGCCUCUGACGUGGGCGGAAGAGAUUUCAGCGCUUUUCCGCUUAUUUGCGAAGUGAUUUAUUAGGAAUCGAGGAGUGUAGAGAAGGAUUUGUGUGCGUGUGGUGGGACAGAAGGACAGGAUGGAGGGCGACUUGCUGCUGCUGCUGCUGCAUGCUGCAAAUUUCAGCACGUUGUUCGUGUGCAUGGUGCUGAAGUUGCCCCAGAUCGUGGUGCUGAUGAAGGCGAAGACGAGCACCGGAGUGAGUUUGAACAGCCUGCUGCUCGAGCUCACCGGGUUUAUAGUCUUCAUCUCCUAUCAGAUGUACUAUGAUUAUCCUCCUCCUACGUACCUGGAGUAUCCCAUCCUCAUUGCACAAGAUGUGAUUCUGAUGAUUCUCAUCCUGCACUAUAAUAGAAACACGAAGCACAGUCUCAUCUACGUGGCCAUGUUUGUAGGCGGCUGGAAACUACUCACCUUGGAGAAAUGGGUCAUCGACAUGGCCAUGAGUGUGUGUACCCUCAUCAGUGCCAGCAGUAAACUCCUGCAGCUUCGGUGUCUGUGGAGGUCGAAAGACUCAGCACAGGUCAGCACUUUAACCUGGGCGUUAGCAUCGUACACGUGUUUGGCAAGGAUCUUCACUACGAUGGUGACGACCGGAGACACUCAGGUUCUGAUCCGCUUUGUGGCCAUGACGGUUCUGAACCUGUGGGUGACUGCGACGGUGAUCUACUACAAACCCAGCACUAAGAAACGCGAUUAAGGCUGAGCGAUUCUAAAAGCACUUCCUGUAACAUAGGAAUGUCUUUUCUCCUAGGAUAAAGUGAAUAGAUAGUGAGUGCGUGUGAGCGAGUGAAUGAAAUACACAACCAAGGACCAACACUUAUUAUCUAAACCAGGAGCUGAAUUUUUUAGCUUUUGCUUUUUUUUAACUCUCUAUUAAUAAUGAUUAUAGAUAUAGAUUGCCUUUUAACGCUUCUAAACUCAGGGUUCCGGUUUCUUCUCACUUUAAUGUUGUUUUACAGCAGUAUUUGGAUAACACAUUGUGAUUUACCUCUCAGCGUGUGUACACUUUGUAAAUCCUCUGAGGAAACAGGAGUAUUAAUGAUCUCUAAUGUGCCAGCACACACUUCUGAAACAUUCCCAGUAUUCCUGUGGGGCCUUUCCUCGAAACCUUUUCACGGGUAUUUCUUUCUUCAUCGCAUCUUACAUUUUUAUCAUAUACAAAUGAAGUGGAUUUAAACUUUAUUUUUUAAACAGACCAAAUGAAUAUAAAUACCAAUAUACAGUGUUUGUUUACAUUACAUCAGUAUGCACAAUACUUUCUAUUUAUAUUCAAGCUAGAAUCAUAGUGAAAUUAAUUUUUUCUUCCAGAAAAAAUAAUAAAUUCUAUGCAAAGACAUUCCGACCGUGAAGAUAAAAUGGAGAAAAAUAUAAAGCAGUGGAUUUCUAAAUCCUCUUGGACACUGUCCACAUGCACAACGAUAUUUUCUUCUUUUUUUUGUUUGAAACCACCAUUUAAGGUGCUUCUUUGUGCCUUGGUGUUUUUCUUACAUUACCUCCUAAGCGAUGUUUUGUACACUGACCUGUACUUCUACUCUGUGAUCUGGUGAGAAAGGAUCAGGGUUUAUCCUCUACCUGAAUAAAGGCACCUGCUGAUAAAUGUAAA